AGUUGGUUGUUGUAGUUACAGCUCAGGUAAGAAGAAGUAACGCUAGCCAGCCUACAUCACUCACCUGUGGUUACUCCCCUGUGAAAAUAUUGGGCUCUUGCCUGUAUUUUUUUCCACACGAAGGUUGGAGAUGUGUGCUGUCUCAGUUACAUUUAGCUGACCUCGAGCAGAUCCUUUCCAUCUCUGUGGUGGAAAUGCCCACUGUGACCCGGGAUAAAGAGGAUUCUGAAUCGCUAUCAGAAGACGACUUAGAGGAGCGUCUGUGUGUUGCCUGGAGUGGUAUUUGUAGGAAGAUCCCUGUCUUGCUCUUCCAUGCUGAAGCUGUUGUGUCAAAAGAUAGAAAUAUUUGUGCUGUGGGAGAAAAAUAUAACUUAACUUUCAAGAUUGUGCGCACAGAGAGCCGACUUGUGCGGGGCAUCCUUGUGAAUCAUGGAUUCCAUGAGGUCCACCCAAACAGCAAUGACUUCAACCUGAUGUGGACUGGCUCCCAUCUUAAGACUUACCUGCUUCGCACUCUUCAGGACUUUCAGAAAGUCAACCACUUCCCUAAGUCAUAUGAGCUGACGCGGAAAGACAGGCUCUACAAAAACAUCCAGCGGAUGCAGCAGGCACAUGGCUUUCAAAACUUCCACAUCGUGCCCCAGACCUUUGUGCUUCCUGCAGAAUACCAAGAAUUCUGCAACUCCUUUGGAAAGGACAAGGGCCCAUGGAUCAUCAAACCCGUGGCAUCCUCCAGAGGCCGGGGUAUCUACCUGGUCAGCAGUCCAAGCCAGAUCCCACUGGAUGAGAACAUCCUUGUGUCAAGAUAUAUUAGCAAUCCUUUAGUGAUUGAUGAAUUUAAGUUUGAUGUGCGUUUGUAUGUGCUGGUGACCUCCUAUGACCCCAUCAUCAUCUAUAUUUAUGAAGAGGGACUUGCCAGAUUUGCCACUGUAAAGUAUGAUCAUGCUGUGAAGAACAUCAAGAAUCAGUUCAUGCACCUCACCAACUACAGUGUAAACAAGAAGAGCAGGGACUAUGUCAGCUGCAAUGACCCUGAAGUAGAGGAUUAUGGGAACAAAUGGAGCAUGAGUGCAAUGCUGAGGUAUUUGAAACAGGAAGGAAAGGAUACCACAUUGCUGAUGGGUCAGAUAGAAGACCUGAUCAUUAAAGCUGUGCUGAGUGCAGAGAUGCAGAUUGCUACAGCCUGCAAGAUGUUUGUCCCCCACAGAAACAACUGCUUUGAAUUGUAUGGGUUUGAUGUUCUCAUAGAUUCCAACCUCAAGCCAUGGCUCCUGGAAGUGAACCUUUCUCCAUCCUUGGCAUGUGAUGCUCCUCUUGAUCUGAAGAUAAAGGCCAGCAUGAUCUCAGAUAUGUUUUCUCUUGUGGGGUUUGUAUGUCAAGACCCUCUACUAAAACAAAUGCGGUCUGAUAGAGCUGGACUUCAACCCAGUGUGAAGAGCUUGGGCCAAAAGACUCAGCGUCCUUUCUCUGCACAGUCUGCCCCUGCCAUAUCCAGAGUGAGUCAGAGACCUCUGUCUGCUACAAACACUGAAGUUGAGGAGAAAGAAAAACUAGGAGACAAGGCAGAGACUUUGGGACUGACGACAGAAGAGAUGAAGGUCCUUAGGAGGACCCAGGAGGAGCAUGAACGGAGAGGUGGAUUCAUCCGCAUUUUCCCCACGCCACAAACCUGGGCUCUUUACAGUGGUUAUCUGGAAUACAAGACAUCUAUGAACUCCAUGUUGGCUAAUAAACUUUUCCAUGUAAGGCUGGGAAAAGCAUCCAUGACCUUACAAACCAGGAAGAAGUUGAAGGGGAAUAUGUCUUUGGAAAUGGAGGCACUCAAGACUUGUCAUGCAGUCCAAUAUGAGAGGAAACUGCUCUCUUUGGAGGCACGACGACAAAGACAAAGGCAUUUGACUGGUCAUGACACUACCGCGAGAAGGAAAGCAGGUCGAGGGCCCUCACCAUCCUCCCUGCACGACAGCGAGAAUGAGAACGAGGACAGUAAUGAGGGAGAGCAGCAAGGACUGCAGGAAAAACGAGAGCAGCAAACAUCCCCGGCACGUCCGGCACACACCGCCACUCAGCCUGCUCUGAGGGAGAAGUUCCAAAUGGCUCAGCAUCUUCCACCUAGAAUCAACAAACCCAAAGUGGACCUGCUGCACAUUCUCCAGCAGGGGUGGGAGCUAAGUAAGGUGCAGGCCCGGAUGGCCUUCUCCACCUACCUUCAUUGGGUCCAGAUGAGGCUGCUUGCAGAGAGCAGGGCAAACACUACCUCUGCCUGGCCAGAGAAGGACAAUGACCAAAUGCAGGACUUGGUAAUGCGCUUCCUGAAGAGGGCUGCCAGUAACUUGCAGCAGGACAUACGUGUGGUGCUACCCAGCCAUCAGCUUUCCCUGCCUGACCGCCGUCGUAUAUUGUCCCAUCAGCUGGGGGAGUUCAUUCACUGCUAUAACAAGGAGACUGAGCAAAUGAUGAAAUAUUUGGAGAAGAUUAAAGAUGAUGAUGAUGGAUGCAUCAAUCCAAAUGUGUUUCAGGAGUUUAUUCUGGAAGCAAGUGAGAAUGAUCUAGAAGACGUUCUUACUUUCUACACACACAAGAACAAGUCUUCUAGUGUGUUUUUGGGGACCAAAUGCCAGAGUUCCAAGGCUAAUGGCAAUCAAGAAGACAGUAAUGGCACAGGGGAGCUAGCAAAACACAACACUCUUUCAAAUGCCAAAGAGAACUCUGGAGCAUCAGAAUCCUCAGAGAUUGCUUCCAAGGCCAGUCAAGCAAAAAAUGAAGAAACCCAAGAGUGUGUGACCAAACAAGAAGACAGCAAAACAGCAUUAACUCUUAAUAUGAUCAACCAUAGUAACACUAUCCGAAGCAAAAAUAACAAAUACAGUAUAUUAAGUCAUGGUGGCUUUAGAAAAAACAAAACCCAAAGAGGAGGUUCAGUAAUUGAAAUCCAACCUCAAGCCUUCUUUUCAUCUGAGGUUCAAAACAGUAAGAGCAAAAUGAGAAGAAUUACAGAAGAAGACCUUUGGAGUAACAAACCCCACCCUCCUGUUGUUGGAAAUGGAAAAGCCCUGUCAAAAAUAUUCAAAGUUGGCUUAGCACAGCCUGAAGUAGGAAGCUGCAACACCCAAGCCAAUGUCUUGGGUUCCCAGCAUGCUUCAUGUCAUCCUGUAGCUGUAGACUGUGAGCAUAUUCAUCUGCAGCACUGCUUUCCACCAUCAGUGUUAGAGCCCCAACCCCAAGCUCAGCCCCCACCCUAUGUCCAGCCUCCCCCACACCCACAUGCUGAACCCCAAAGCAAACCACAUCCCAGUGGAUCUUCUUCAUCCACCAAUCCCGUUCAACCUUCACACGUCAUGUGGGCCUCGUCAAAUCUUAGAUCCACUGGAUCAGCGGCUACUGCUGAAGUGCUGCAGCGUGUCCACUAUUCCCAUUCAGCACAGCCCUCCGCUAAUGGUGCCGUCAUAGCGGGAACGUCCAAUUCUAGUCAGAUAAACAUCCACAGUCAGAAACUCUCACGGCCUUCCUCGGCAGGGCAAGUGAGUCAAAAGGCUACUAAACCCAGACCUGGUUCUGCAGGAAUGAUUAAAGAGCAGAAUUCGCUGUCAGCCCAGGCCCAGUCUAAUCAACAGGCUAUUGUGUCUGCCUUAAAGACACUUGUAGAGAAGCAAGCAGCUCGACAGCACAACACUUCCAGCCACAUUAGCUUACUUACAGAACAUUUGACCAAUCUCAACCUGGCCAAUGGAGUUUUCAGCAGAGGGGGACUCAUUCUGAACCCAGGGUGCCAACCUGGAGCAGCGAGAUCUAUGCACACCAACACCAGGCUCUCUGGCGCUGUAGGUCCCAGGUGUGAGGCUGUGAAUGCUGCACAUUGUCAGACUGCCUGUAACCGGGCCACGGAAGCAGGGCUGCAGCAAAACUUUCAGCCUACGAUAGGCAGCUAUCAGCUCCAGUUUGCCAUCCAGCAGCAGAAACUACAGUCCAUGCAGCUACUGGACCAGAGCCGCACACGUCAUCAGGCCAUACUGGCUGGACACAUGUUUGCGCCUGGUGCUGUACCCCGAAACCAUGUUCCCAACAACUCACCAUAUGGCACUCAAGUUGGCCAGCAGUCCCAGUACACCUUGAACCAGAAAGUGCUUCCAGGACCCCAGGGCCAGCCCAAACCUCAGAUCCUUGCUCAGGGAUGUACCAUUCUCACCCCCAGACCUCCUACCACCAUGCCUAGAGAUGGACUCUCACGCAAAGCUGCCAACCAAAGAAUCAACAAGUCAGUCUGUGUCUGGCAGACUCUUCCAGAAUCAGGGUUCCAAUAACAGAUAACACAAGGACUGCUCCCUUGACUACCCGAAGGUUAUUUGCAGUGGUGGAACAGCUGAUGAAUGCUGUUACCCUCGAGACAGUGUCUGACAUCAAACCCGCCUUAUUUAUUUUCUUGGAGAGCAUGUGGGUGUGCAACGGGAUAGCCUGCAGUGUAAGAAAUCCCUGGCUAUGACACGAGCAGGGAUCUGUUCCAUGGCCCAAGACUUUCUGGUGGCCUUCAGUUCCUCCCCAUCUAGCCACUGCAGUUGACCAGCCCCAUUCUCACCAUACAACUGCUGCCAUGGAAAGACGAACAGACGGGCAACAACAGCUGCUGCCUAUACUGUACUCAGCCUGGACGAUAUAACAGAGCUGGCAAAGUAAGUUCUACAUUAUAGGCUUUGCAAUAUCCAUCUUCAGAUUUUAUGUUCAAAUAUAUGAGAGUGUGGGCUUGCUCUUCAGAUUGUUUGCAGUUAUAUUAUGUAAACCAUGUUUAAGAAACAACAUAUGCAUUUAAAGCUGCAUUUGUUUUCAUUAUUUGUAAAUAAACAUUAUAUGUUGGCUCUUGAAUGGGUGAAAAGGUUUCUCUGCUCUCUGAAGAUAUUCGAAAGCAUCCCCUCGUCAAUAAUGAAUGUCUGUAUAACCAUUAUAUAAAGUUGAUGUAAGCAAUUGUAGCUUUAAAUAUGCCCAGGAGGCAAUAGGGAUGGAACUAGAUUUAAUUAUUAGCAAUUCACAUAUAUUGUAAAACUGUUAUUCAAGACUAUAAUACCCUCUGUAAAAGUGCCUCAUGUGGUUACCACAUGCUGCUUGUAUAUCAGUGACUCUGAGUACCUUAUGUGCUUUUUUUUUUUUUUCUCUAUUUUCUGUUCUAGUAGUAGCACCCAAUCCCCAUGGCAUCUGUAAUCUAUGUACUUCAUUAACAGGCCCUAAAUAAACCUCAGUUGACUUGUGUGGAUGAUAAAUUGAGGAAAUCAAUUAAUCCUAAUUUGAAAGCAGUUAAUCCUUCCUCGCUGAACCCUGUUGUUAGGAGUUACAACUCCUUAGUGAAGCAGAUAACCCUUGGUCACUGAACCCUGUUGUUAUGAAUUACAACUCCUUAGUGGUGCAGUUAAUGAGUCCUGUUUUAGAACCAGUAGUGGAUUUGAUUUGGUACUUGAUCAGCACAUUCACAUCACUUCUGGUAUGUUAAUAAAGUAUUAUAUUUGAUUAGGCUUGCUUGGCACAUUGUUGUCCAGGUAAAAUUUACAGAAAUUAUUAAAAAGUAAAAGUAUUAGAUCAAAUACUGUUCCCAUUUUUAUUUUAGGCUGUAACUUGAUUUUAGUCAGAUUUAGUAAGCAAGGUUUACUGUUGAAGCAUGCAAAACACAACCUGAUAUCCUAAUUUGAGGAUAUGAUACUGUUUAUUUCGUCAGGGUUUGAUUUUUUUUUUUUAUAUACUUUUAAAUUUAAAACUAAAUUUAACUAUUUUAUUUUGUAUCUGUCCUGCAUGUACUUGAACAUUAUUUUAUGAUAAAUAAAACUUCGUGUGGAAUUGAAUAUUAAGAGUUUAUGACCAAAUAUUUAAACAUUUUUUUUACAGUGCAAAAUGUUUUUAUUUGAUUAAUUGAUAAUCCACUGAGGUGUACUGGUAAAGAUAUGGUGGUAUCUUUUUUCCAUAUGGUAUGCAGUUAAGUGUAAUAGUGCACAUAAAAAAACUCCCUGGAUUUUCACUGUUGGUUUACUCCUGUGAAGGAACUUGUAAUUGUCUGUGAGAUAAUGGGAUCUUAUGUGUGCUAUUAAAAGUUUUUAAUGAAUUUACAACUA